AUGGAGAACUCGGUGGCCCCCUGCGUCCUCUACCCAGGGGGGGCUCCCGGGACUACGGGAGAGGGCAGCCUGCAGCAGCUGGACUCGGCCGGGGGGGAGGGCGCUGUGUCCCCGGCGCAGACACCCUGCAGUCUCAGCGCGUCCCUGUGUUUCAGCUCCGGGGACGACUCCCCGCCGCAGUCUCAUGACUCCGCUGCGGAGGGCGCAGCGGCCUCCCCGUGCUCGUGUCGCAGCGGCCAGCGGGUGGUGGAAAGGCAAUGGGAAGUCAGCAGCGCGGACGCAGAGCCCGUGUCCCCCGAGGAGCGCGCGUGCCCGGAAAAGCCUGCGUCCCCAGAAGAACCCGUGUCCCCUGAGGAGCGCAGGAGCCCUGAAGAGCCCGAGUCACUGGAAGAUCCUGGGGAGCUCUCGUCUGUGCCCCCCGGGGUAGGGUCCGCCCACGGGGAGCCCGAUCUGGUAAUCGAGGUAUCGGGCCGCCGGCUCCGGGCGCACAAGGCGGUGCUGGCGGCGCGCAGCGACUACUUCCGCGCGCGCGCGUCGCGGGACGUGCUGCGGGUGCAGGGCGUGAGCUUCACGGCGUUGCGGCUGCUGCUGGCCGACGCGUACAGCGGGCGCAUGGCGGGCGUGCGGCCCGACAACGUGGCCGAGGUGGUGGCCGGCGCGCGCCGCCUGCAGCUGCCUGGCGCCGCGCAGCGCGCCACCGACGCCGUGGGGCCGCAGCUGAGCCUGGCCAACUGCUAUGAGGUGCUGAGCGCGGCCAAGCGGCAGCGGCUGACCGAGCUGCGUGACGCCGCCUACCGCUUCAUGAGCGACCACUACCUGGAGGUGCUGCGAGAGCCAGCCGUGUUCGGGCGCCUGUCGGGCGCCGAGCGCGACCUGCUGCUGCGUCGCCGCCUGCGCGCCGGCCGCGCUCGCCUGCUGGCUGCGGCGCUCGGGCCGGCCGGGGAGCGCGCCGGCAGCCGCCCGCAGAGCCCCUCGGGGGACGCGGACGGGCGCGGCGACGCGGCCAUCUACUGCUACCACGCGGCGGCCGGAGAGUGGCGCGAGCUGACCCGGCUGCCCGAGGGCGCGCCGGCGCGGGGCUGCGGCCUGUGCGUGCUCUACAACUACCUCUUCGUGGCCGGCGGCGUGGCUCCCGCGGGCACAGACGGCCGCGCGCGCCCGUCCGACCAAGUUUUCUGCUACAACCCGGCCACGGACUGCUGGAGCUCCGUGCGGCCGCUGUGCCAGGCGCGCUCGCAGCUGCAGCUCCUGGCCCUGGACGGCCACCUGUACGCCGUGGGCGGCGAGUGCCUACUCAGCGUGGAGCGCUACGACCCGCGCGCCGACCGCUGGGCCGCCGUGGCCCCACUGCCCCGGGGCGCCUUCGCCGUGGCCCACGAGGCCACCACCUGUAACGGCGAGAUCUACGUGUCCGGGGGCUCGCUCUUCUAUCGCCUGCUCAAGUACGACCCCCGGCGCGAUGAGUGGCAGGAGUGCCCGUGCAGCAGCAGCCGCGAGCGCUCGGCCGACAUGGUGGCCCUCGACGGCUUCAUCUACCGCUUCGACCUGUGCGGGGGCCGAGGCGACGCCCAGGCAGCGGCCGGGCUGGGCGGCGGGGUCAGCGUCUUCCGCUACCACUGCCUGGCCAAGCAGUGGAGUCAGUGCGCCUCGCACCUGCGGCCCCCGGGCGCUGCUGCGGGCCUGCAGCCCUUCCGCUGCGCCGCUCUGGACGGCAACAUCUACUGCGUCAGCCGCGCGGGCACCUGGCGCUUCGUGCCCUCCCAGGACGGCGAGCCCAGCCAGGGCGGCAGCUUCGAGCAGGAGUUGCUCGGAGCCCCCUUGGACGCCCGAGGGAUGCUUUUCCCGUUUGUGCUCAAUUUGCCCGAGAAGCCGGACAGAGGGGAGCAGGGUGCCGUGUAG